UUCCUGCAUUUUUCUGUCCCUGGGUUUAGGGGGGAAAACUCCCGUCCGGUUGAAGCCGGCUUGAAUCCACUCUCCUUAGCCGUUAUUAGUAACUUUAUGUUUUAUUUCUGAGCCAGAGAAUCCUCUUUUUCUUUGCAAAGAGUAAUUUUGGCUCACUGAGGAUUCUUUUCAGUCAGUGUAAAAAGACUGGUUCAGGAAACGCUUCCCGCCCUCCUCCUUUUUCCUUUUUUCCUCGGUCCCCCGAAAGAACUGGAAGCCUCACUCGUUGCUCUGACCAAGUUUUUUGGUGAAAUUUGGCGCCUUCCAGUUGCUCAGGAGGAAAGAGGGGGAAGGGAGGAGGAUGCACCGUGGAAGGCGAGUAGCAGUCCCCUUGACCGCCGCGACCCGCAAGGCGUCUCACUGAGAGGGCGAGGGCCAGCAGCAGGGGUGACGCUCGCCUCGCCGACGCGGGCAGCGAACAAGCAGCAGCAGCACCGGGCGCUCCCCCAGGAGCAAGUCGGACUCCGUGGCUCGUGGUGACACCUCAGGAUUUCCUGCCGUCGGCGAUGGGGAGACGGCGGGCGCUUUGCCUGCAGCCGUAUUUUCUUUGGCUGGGCUGCGUGGCGCUCUGGGCGCACGGAUCCGCUGGGCAGCAGCGGCAGGGUCGUCCGGCGGAGGGCACAGAUAGCACCCGCUACUCUGCCUUGGGGAGCCUGGAAGGAGGCAUAGCGCCCGCCGCCGCCGCCGCCAACCGCGUCCGCAGGAGAGGCCAGCAGGACGUGCUCAGGGGGCCAAAUGUGUGUGGCUCCAGGUUCCACUCCUACUGUUGCCCUGGAUGGAAAACACUCCCAGGGGGAAAUCAGUGUAUUGUUCCAAUUUGUAGAAAUAGUUGUGGUGAUGGAUUUUGUUCUCGUCCUAACAUGUGCACUUGUUCCAGUGGACAGAUAUUGCCAAGCUGUGGACCAAAAUCUAUACAACAGUGUAACAUCAGAUGUCUGAAUGGUGGUACCUGUCUAGAUGACCAAUGCCAGUGCCAAAAAGGAUAUAUUGGUACUUACUGUGGGCAACCUGUCUGUGAACAUGGAUGCCAGAACGGAGGCCGCUGCAUUGGACCAAAUCGUUGUGCAUGUGUAUAUGGAUUCACAGGCCCUCAAUGUGAAAGAGAUUAUAGGACAGGCCCUUGUUUUAUUCAAGUCAGCAACCAGAUGUGUCAAGGCCAGCUAGCUGGUAUUGUUUGCACGAAGACUCUUUGUUGUGCAACUAUUGGACGUGCAUGGGGCCAUCCUUGUGAAAUGUGCCCUGCUCAACCCCAACCAUGUCGUCGUGGUUUUAUCCCAAACAUCCGCACUGGAGCAUGUCAAGAUGUAGAUGAAUGUCAGGCUAUCCCUGGAAUCUGUCAGGGUGGAAAUUGCAUCAAUACAGUUGGAUCAUAUGAAUGCAAAUGCCCUGCUGGUCAUAAACAGAAUGAAGCAACUCAAAAGUGCGAAGAUAUUAAUGAAUGCAGCCUCAUUCCAAGAAUAUGUGAUGCUGGUGAAUGUUCCAACACUGUGGGAAGUUAUAUUUGUCUUUGUCCACGUGGCUUUGUGACAUCCACAGAUGGCUCUCGUUGCAUUGAUCAAAGAGCAGGCACUUGUUUCUCCAGUCUGCUGAAUGGUCGCUGUGCACAAGAGCUUCUGGGCAGGUUUACCAAGAUGCAGUGCUGCUGUGAAUCUGGGCGGUGUUGGGCUCUUGGAUCCAUCCCCGAAAUGUGUCCUGUUAGAGGCUCUGAUGAAUAUCGUGGACUUUGCAUAGAUGGCAUUCCUGUUAUAGGUGGUUCCAGGCCUGGGGGCACAGGAGGAAAUGGCUUCAUUCCAGGUGGAAAUGGAAAUGGGUUUGGUCCAGGAGGAACAGGAUUCAUCCCUAUUCCUGGUGGAAAUGGCUUUUCACCAAGUGUGCAUGGAACUGGAAUAGGGACUGGUGGCCAAGGUCCCACAGGAAAUGGCCCCAUCAUUACGGGACUGACAAUACUCAAUCAGACAAUAGAUAUCUGUAAGCAUCAUCCAAAUUUAUGCUUAAAUGGGCGCUGCAUCCCAACUAUUUCCAGUUACCGGUGCGAAUGCAAUAUGGGAUAUAAGCAGGAUGCAAAUGGAGACUGUACUGAUGUUGAUGAGUGCAUAUCAAAUCCAUGCUCUAAUGGAGACUGUGUGAACACACCUGGCUCUUAUUAUUGCAAAUGCCAUACAGGUUUCCAAAGAACACCUACUAAGCAGGCUUGCAUUGAUAUUGAUGAGUGUAUUCAGAAUGGUGUCCUUUGUAAGAAUGGUCGUUGUGUGAACACUGAUGGAAGUUUCCAAUGCAUUUGCAAUGCUGGCUUUGAACUGACAACUGAUGGGAAAAACUGUGUUGAUCAUGAUGAAUGUACAACUACCAACAUGUGUUUGAAUGGAAUGUGUAUUAAUGAGGAUGGCAGUUUCAAGUGCAUCUGUAAACCUGGGUUUGUCCUGGCUCCUAAUGGACGUUACUGUACUGAUAUUGAUGAAUGCCAGACUCCAGGUAUUUGCAUGAAUGGCCACUGCAUUAAUACAGAAGGAUCGUUUCGCUGUGACUGUCCACCUGGACUAGCUGUUGGAGUUGAUGGUCGUGUUUGUGUAGAUACUCAUAUGCGAAGCACAUGUUAUGGUGGAAUCAAAAAGGGGAUAUGUAUACGCCCUUUUCCUGGAGCAGUGACAAAAUCUGAAUGUUGCUGUGCCAAUUUAGACUAUGGCUUUGGAGAGCCAUGCCACCCAUGUCCUGCCAAGAAUUCAGCUGAGUUCCAUGGCCUUUGUAGUGGAGGAGUAGGAAUUACUGUGGAUGGAAGAGAUAUAAAUGAAUGUGCUUUAGAUCCUGAUAUUUGCUCUAAUGGGAUUUGUGAAAACCUACGUGGCAGCUAUCGUUGUAACUGUAACAGUGGCUAUGAAUCAGAUGUUUCAGGACAAAAUUGUGUUGACAUUGAUGAAUGUUUUGUAAAUCGAUUACUAUGUGACAAUGGCCUUUGUCGAAAUACACCUGGAAGUUACAGCUGUGUGUGCCCAAAAGGAUAUAUAUUCAGCAGUGAAACUGACACAUGUGAAGAUAUAAAUGAGUGUGAAAGCAGUCCUUGUGUCAAUGGUGCUUGCAGGAACAAUCUUGGGUCUUUCAUCUGUGAAUGUUUAUCUGGCAGCAAACUAGACUCUACAGGCUUCAUCUGUAUUGAUAGUCUGAAAGGAACAUGCUGGCUGAACAUCCAAGAUAAUCGCUGUGAAGUGAACCUUAAUGGAGCUACUCUGAAAUCAGAAUGCUGUGCUACUCUGGGAGCUGCUUGGGGUAGUCCUUGUGAGCGUUGUGAAUUUGAUACAGCAUGCCCUAGAGGAUUUGCAAGAGUCAAAGGUGUUUCCUGUGAAGAUGUAAAUGAGUGUGAAGUUUUUCCGGGGGUGUGUCCCAAUGGGCAGUGUAUCAACAGCAGAGGCUCUUUUCACUGUGAGUGUCCCAGCGGUCUGACAUUGGAUGGAUCUGGCAGGGUGUGUUUAGAUAUCCGAAUGGAGCAGUGCUACCUGAGAUGGGAUGAAGAUGACUGUGUUCAGCCUGUACCUGGAAAAUUCCGUAUGGACACAUGUUGUUGUGCUAUAGGUGCUGCUUGGGGUUCAGACUGUGAGGAAUGCCCCGAGCCAGGCAUGAAAGAAUACGAAGACUUAUGCCCCAGAGGGCCAGGCUUCUCCAACCGUGGGGACAUUUUAACUGGAAGGCCAUUUUACAAAGAUAUAAAUGAAUGUAAAAUGUUCCCUGGCUUGUGCACAAAUGGCAAAUGCAGAAACACAAUUGGAAGCUUCAAAUGUAGAUGUAAUAAUGGAUUUGCACUUGAUAUGGAAGAGAGAAAUUGCACAGAUAUUGAUGAGUGCCAUAUCUCACCUGAUCUCUGUGGAAGUGGCACCUGUGUCAACACUCCAGGAAGCUUUGAGUGUGAAUGCUUCGAGGGCUAUGAAAGUGGAUUUAUGAUGAUGAAGAACUGCAUGGACAUAGAUGAAUGUGAACGUAACCCCCUUCUUUGUAGAGGUGGGAAGUGCUUAAACACAGAAGGAAGCUUUCAAUGUGACUGUCCUCUUGGGCAUGAAUUGUCUUUAUCACGUGAAGAAUGUGUGGAUAUCAAUGAAUGUUCUCUUAGCAAUAACCUGUGUAGAAAUGGGAAAUGUGUGAAUGUGAUUGGCAUGUAUCAGUGUUCCUGUAAUCCUGGGUACCAGGCAACUCCAGAUAAGCAAGGCUGCAUUGAUAUUGAUGAAUGCAUGAUUAUGAAUGGAGGCUGUGACACUCACUGUAGUAAUUCUGAAGGCAGCUACGAAUGUAGUUGUAGUGAUGGAUAUGCUCUGAUGCCAGAUAUGAGGAGUUGCGCAGACAUCGAUGAAUGUGAGAGUAACCCAGAUAUCUGUGAUGGUGGACAGUGCAUUAACAUUCCAGGAGAAUAUCGUUGCCUUUGUUACGAUGGAUUCAUGGCUUCUGUCGAUAUGAAAAUAUGCAUUGAUGUGAAUGAAUGUGAUCUGAAUUCGAACAUUUGCAUGUUUGGAGAAUGUGAGAACACCAAAGGAUCCUUCAUUUGUCAUUGCCAGCUGGGUUAUUCUGUCAAGAAGGGAACCACAGGAUGCACAGACGUGGAUGAAUGUGAGAUUGGUGCCCACAACUGUGACAUGCAUGGUCUAUGUCUCAAUGUCCCAGGAAGCUUCAAAUGUAGCUGUAAGGAAGGAUGGAUUGGAAAUGGAAUUAAAUGUAUUGAUCUUGAUGAGUGUUCUAAUGGAACACACCAGUGUAGCAUAAAUGCUCAGUGUGUAAAUGCUCCUGGAUCAUAUCACUGCACCUGUGCAGAAGGAUUUACUGGGGAUGGAUUUACUUGUUCAGAUAUUGAUGAAUGUGCAGAAAAUAUUAAUCUGUGUGACAAUGGACAGUGUCUUAAUAUUCCUGGUGGAUACCGUUGCGAGUGUGAGAUGGGCUUCACUUCAGCUUCCAACAGCCGAACUUGCCAAGAUAUUGAUGAAUGUGCCUUCCAGAAUAUCUGUGUGUUUGGUACUUGCAAUAACUUACCUGGAAUGUUUCACUGUAUUUGUGAUGAUGGCUAUGAACUGGAUAGAACUGGAGGAAAUUGUACAGAUAUUGAUGAGUGUGCUGAUCCUAUAAAUUGUGUCAAUGGCUUUUGUGUAAAUACUCCUGGAAGAUAUGAAUGUAACUGUCCUCCAGAUUUCCAGCUGAACCCAACAGGAGUUGGCUGUGUGGAUAACAGAGUUGGCAACUGUUACUUGAAAUAUGGACCAAGGGGCGAUGGGAGUCUCUCCUGCAAUACUGAAAUUGGUGUUGGAGUCAGUCGUUCUUCCUGCUGCUGUUCUUUGGGAAAAGCCUGGGGGAAUCCCUGCGAGACAUGCCCACCUGUAAAUAGCAGUGAAUAUAAUACCCUGUGUCCAGGAGGCGAAGGUUUCAGACCAAAUCCUAUAACAAUUAUCUUAGAAGACAUUGAUGAAUGCCAAGAAUUGCCUGGUUUGUGCCAAGGUGGAAACUGCAUCAAUACUUUUGGCAGCUUCCAGUGUGAAUGUCCCCAUGGGUACUAUCUCAGUGAAGAAACCCGAAUCUGUGAAGAUAUUGAUGAGUGUGUUGCACAUCCUGGUGUGUGUGGACCUGGGACAUGCUAUAACACCUUAGGAAACUAUACCUGCAUUUGCCCCCCAGAAUACAUGCAGGUGAAUGGAGGACACAAUUGUAUGGAUAUGAGAAAGAGCUUUUGUUAUAGAAGCUACAAUGGAACAUCUUGUGAUAAUGAACUUCCCUUUAACAUUACCAAGAGAAUGUGUUGCUGCACUUACAAUGUUGGGAAAGCCUGGAACAAGCUGUGUGAGCCAUGCCCAGUUCCAGGAACAGUUGAAUUCAAAACAUUAUGUGGAAAUAUUCCUGGUUUCACCUUUGACAUCCAUACAGGAAAAGCGGUUGAUAUUGAUGAAUGUAAAGAAAUUCCAGGUAUUUGUGCCAAUGGUGUUUGCAUUAACCAGAUUGGGAGUUUUCGUUGUGAAUGCCCUACAGGAUUUAGCUACAAUGAUCUGCUCUUGGUCUGUGAAGAUAUUGAUGAAUGUAGCAAUGGUGAUAAUCUCUGUCAACGAAAUGCAGAUUGUAUUAACAGCCCUGGUAGUUACCGCUGUGAAUGUGCUACAGGUUUCAAACUUUCACCCAAUGGUGCCUGCAUUGAUCGCAAUGAAUGCCAGGAAAUUCCUAAUGUAUGUAGUCAUGGCACAUGUGUGGAUAAAGAGGGGAGCUACUACUGCAUCUGUCAAAAUGGUUUCAAGGCAUCCCACGAUCAAACUAUGUGCAUGGAUGUUGAUGAAUGUGAAAGACACCCUUGUGGAAAUGGAACUUGUAAAAACACAGUUGGAUCAUAUAACUGUCUGUGCUAUCCAGGAUUUGAGCUAACUCAUAAUAAUGAUUGUAUGGAUAUUGAUGAGUGCAGUUCCUUCUUUGGGCAGGUGUGCAGAAACGGAAGGUGCUUUAAUGAAAUUGGUUCUUUUAAAUGUUUAUGUAAUGAAGGUUAUGAACUUACUCCAGAUGGCAAAAACUGUAUUGAUAUUAAUGAGUGUGUGGUACUUCCUGGCUCAUGCUUUCCUGGGACAUGUCAAAAUUUGGAAGGAUCAUUCAGAUGUAUCUGCCCACCAGGAUAUGAAGUAAAAAGUGAAAGCUGCAUUGAUAUUGAUGAAUGUAAUGAGGAUCCUAAUAUCUGUCUGUUUGGAUCCUGCACUAAUACUCCAGGAGGAUUCCAGUGCAUCUGCCCCCCAGGUUUUGUGAUAUCCGACAAUGGUAGGAGAUGUUUUGAUACUCGACAGAGCUUUUGUUUCACUAAUUUUGAGAAUGGAAAGUGCUCUAUGCCAAAAGCAUUUAAUACCACCAAGGCAAAAUGUUGUUGCAGCAAGAUGCCAGGAGAAGGUUGGGGUGAUCCAUGUGAACUGUGUCCUAAAGAAGAAGAAGUUGCUUUUCAGGAUCUGUGUCCAUUUGGCCAUGGAACUAUACCUGGAAUAGAUGAUACACGAGAAGACGUGAAUGAAUGCCUUGAGAAUCCUGGUAUUUGUUCCAAUGGACACUGUAUAAACACUGAUGGAUCGUUCCGUUGUGAAUGUCCCUUGGGAUACAACCUUGACUACACUGGAGUGCAUUGUGUAGAUACUGAUGAAUGUUCCAUUGGUAAUCCUUGUGGAAAUGGCACAUGUUCCAAUGUGAUUGGUAGUUUUGAAUGCAAUUGCCUGGAUGGAUUUGAACCUGGGCCAAUGAUGAAUUGUGAGGAUAUAAAUGAAUGUGUACAAAAUCCUUUGCUUUGUGCUUUUCGUUGUAUAAAUACCUAUGGUUUCUAUGAAUGCACCUGUCCAGUAGGCUAUGAAUUAAGAGAGGACCAAAAAAUGUGCAAAGAUCUUGAUGAAUGUGCAGAAGGUCUACAUGACUGUGAAUCAAGAGGCAUGAUGUGCAAAAAUCUGAUUGGAACCUUCAUGUGUAUAUGUCCCCCUGGAAUGACUCGGAGACCAGAUGGAGAAGGUUGUAUUGAUGAAAAUGAAUGCCACAGUAAGCCUGGUGUUUGUGAAAAUGGCCGUUGUAUAAACAUUAUUGGAAGUUACGUGUGUGAAUGUAAUGAAGGGUUCCAGUCAAGCCCAUCUGGAACUGAGUGCAUUGACAACCGACAAGGUUUCUGCUUUGCUGAAGUCUUACAGACAAUGUGUCAGAUGGCCUCUAGUAGCCGUAAUCUUGUCACCAAAUCAGAAUGCUGUUGUGAUGGUGGAAGAGGGUGGGGCAAUCAGUGUGAGAUUUGCCCGCUCCUAAUAACAACUCAGUACAAGAAACUAUGCCCACAUGGUCCGGGGUACACCACUGAUGGGAGAGAUAUUGAUGAGUGUAAGGUCAUGUCAAAUUUAUGUAGACAUGGCCAGUGCAUAAACACCAUGGGUUCCUUCAGAUGUUUUUGUAAAGUUGGCUAUACGACUGACAUUAGUGGUACUUCUUGUGUGGAUCUUGAUGAAUGCUCCCAGUCUCCCAAACCAUGCAAUUUUAUCUGCAAGAAUGCUGAAGGAAGCUACCAAUGUUCGUGUCCACGUGGCUACAGCCUCCAAGAAGAUGGAAAGUCCUGUAGAGAUCUUGAUGAAUGUCAAACUAAACAGCAUAACUGUCAAUUUCUUUGCGUCAAUACCCUUGGGGGAUUCACAUGUAAAUGCCCACCAGGUUUCACACAACAUCAUACAGCCUGUAUAGAUAACAAUGAAUGUGGAUCACAGCCUUCACUUUGUGGAUCAAAAGGAAUCUGUCAAAAUACUCCUGGAAGUUUUGCCUGUGAAUGUCAGAGAGGUUUCUCUCUAGAUUCAACUGGAUUAAACUGUGAAGAUGUGGAUGAGUGUGAAGGAAAUCAUAGAUGUCAACAUGGCUGCCAAAAUAUUCUUGGUGGCUAUAGAUGCAGCUGCCCACAAGGAUUUAUCCAGCAUUACCAGUGGAAUCAAUGUGUCGAUGAAAACGAAUGCUCAAGUCCUAGUAUUUGUGGCUCAGCUUCGUGCUACAACACUCUUGGAAGCUACAAGUGUGCGUGUCCCUCUGGAUUCUCUUAUGAUCAGCUCACAAGUGCUUGCCAUGAUGUCAAUGAAUGCUCCUCUACUAAGAAUCCCUGCAAUUACGGCUGUUCCAACACUGAAGGCGGAUACCUUUGUGGCUGCCCCCCGGGAUAUUACAGAGCAGGGCAAGGACACUGUGUCUCAGGUAUGGGGUUUAGUAAAGGCCAGUAUCUACCAGUGGAUCAAGGUGAGGAGAAUGCUUUGUCUCCAGAAGCAUGUUAUGAGUGUAAAAUUAAUGGAUACUCCCAAAAAGACAGCAGGAAGAAAAGAAGUCUCAAUCAAUCUCAGCCUGCAGAGAUCAGUUUGGAAAGUUUGGACAUUGAUCUUCCAUUGAGGAUGAGGUUCAGCAUAUCUGGCCUUGGCAAUAAAGAGCAUAUAUUAGAUCUCAUGCCCGCAAUACAGCCCCUCACAAAUCACAACCGCUAUGUUAUCUCCUUUGGUAAUCACAACAGCACCUUCCGGAUACAUCAGAAAGAUGGGCUCAGUUAUCUUCAAGUUGCUAAGAAAAAAGCCAUGGCUGGUAUUUACACACUGGAAAUAGUAAGCAUUCCUCUGUACAAAAAGGAAGAGCUAAAGAAGUUGGAAGAAAGCAACGAGGACAACUACCUCCUAGGAGAACUUGGAGAAGCUCUUAAAAUGAGACUUUGGAUUGAACUCUACUAAAACCUUCCUUCCUCACCCCCAUCAUGAAGGAGUCCCUUCCAUUCACAUAUCUUACCAUACUUUGGUUUGAAAGCUUUAAAGGGGUCAAUGGCUUACUUUUUCAAAAGACCAAAAAUUGCAAAGAAUAGUGACCUCUGCAUCUUUCCAUCCUGAACAAGACUGCAGGAUAGACCUUGACUUUUCUGUGGCCAGAGCUUUGAUUACAAUGCCAACAAUCAUGGUUACUAUAUUGUCUAUAUAACCUCAAUUUUAAGUAUACUUUAAAAAAAAAUGUGCUUAAAAGAUCAUAUAUGGCACUAAAUGGCACAAAACAUGAGCUACUUUUUUCCUAUAAGCAGUCUAGCAUAUUGGGUAUUUUGCUGUAGUUCCUAAAUUAAAAAUAGAGAUUUUAUUUAUUUUUAAUGCAGUAAUAUAUGGAGAAAUUAACAAUCUGUGUUAAAAAAGAAAAAGAAAACUUGUUUUUCUUUGCGAUUUUAUGAAUUUGAACUAUUACAUGUAUUAGGUAUUUUAGAAAAAAAAAGGACAGAAACUAAUAGAUUGACAAAGUUUCCUCUCAGUAUUGUGCCUGUGGUCCAUAAAACAUAAAAAACAAAAUGUCACAUGAUCAAAUGAGUACUGUAAUAUGCUUCCCCGGGGCUUUCUUUUUGCUGAGCAAGAUAUUUAUCUUAAAUAACCAUGAUCAGAAUUUCAACUUUAAAUUUGGUGCUGAUGCUCAACACGCACGUCAUAAAGACUAGAGUAGUCAUGGAAAUGAUGUGCAACCACUGUAACAAAACAUCUGGAUGGCUUGUGAUAUCCUUAGUAUUGCAGGCCAAGCCGUACUGUAUUUCCUUCAGGUAACCUCACUAUAUCAUACAAACCUCAUUCACUACAACAAAAGGUGCUCAACAUACUUGUGUUACUGUAGGCAGCUGAUUACAAAUCAUGUAUUCUUAGAAGCGAACACUUGAUAUUUCAUUCUAAGUGGUGCUGGCUCGGAUUCGCCCUGAAAUAAACACAACUGAGCUAUUGCAGAAUUGCCAUAUGUGUACGCUAUUCAUGCUGCAUGGAAAAAAUGCGUAUUGGAAAAUAAGAAUGUUCAUUAAUGCUGUAGUUAUAUACAAUAUGUCUCGUUUUAUCAUAGCCUAUUUUAUAAGAGUUACCUUUGUACAAUGAGUUGGCAUUUAGUCUUCUUUAGUGUUUUUUGUUUUUUUUUUUUAAUGUGCCAUUUAAUAAGUAAGUGUAUGUCACCAUGGUGCUAUAAAUGACAGCUGGUACUUGUUACAGGUCAUAUGAAAAAAACCCCUCACGUGUGAACCAACCCAAAGCACAUUCCAUGUCUGCUUCUUUUUUUUUUUUUUUUUUACUUGUGCUGAUCAAAAAUUAGCCAGAAGUUGUGCUCCCUGUUUUGGUUCAUAUUCUGUAUUUUCUGUGUAUUUUCUUUUAUGGAAAGAAGAAAACCUUGUAAAUUACAUUUUGAGAAGAAGCAGUAUUAUUUUGUUGGUCUUUGUACUAAUACAGCAUCACUUUUCCUGAAAUAAAAC